AUGCUCCUGCCCACAGCACAGGCCCAUCUCACGGCUGAAUCUACUGCUUGCCUGACCUACCCACACAGCCUGGCGGGCCGGGCUUUGGAGGUGGCGUGGCAGCUUCCCAAAGCAAACCUGACCUGGGCGGGGGACCAUGUGCAUCAACCCCCACAGGUGCGCACGCCCACGCCCUGCAGCCAUCUGGAAGGCGUGCACAUCAAUACACACCUGCAGGACUCCAGAGCCACCUACGGCCUGAAGUUCAGGGGUGCUGAGCAAUCAGAAAUCCCAGCAUCUCUCAUGGCUGACGGAGGUCGGAGGUGCCCCCGCUCGACCCGCGUUGCGAAGAAGCCACCACUACAAGGGCAGCGCUGGUGCAAGGUGAACUUCAGCUAUACCCCAGAGAAGGCGGAUGAGCUGCAGCUGAAAGCUGGGGAGCUGUUGCAGAUCCUGCAGGAGAUUGAGGAUGGCUGGUGGCUGGGCAGGAAGAACGGCCAGGUUGGUGCUUUCCCCUCCAACUUCGUCCAGGAGCUGGACCGGCUGCCCCCAGGGCUGCUGGCCCCGGAGGCCGUCCCAAAGAAUGGGGCUAGGAAGCAGAGGCCAAAGCUGACUGAUGAGACCUUCAUCAUAAAGGAGGCAGCGAAGCCAGAGCCCCCCAAGAAGCUGGAGAAGCCCAUCCCCGCAGCCCAGAGCCCCCCGCCAAGCCAGCCCCUGCAGCCGUACUGCGAGGCCGAGUACUGCAAGGCCAUGUUCGACUACGAGCCAGAGCUCCAGGACGAGCUGCAGCUGAAGAGAGGAGAUGUCGUUUUGGUUCUUUGCAAGGAGACAGAGGAUGAGGGCUGGUGGGAAGGGGAAUGUGAUGGCAAGAGAGGCCUCUUCCCCGAUAACUUUGUGAUGCUGCUGCAGCCCCUGGUGCCAAAGAUCAAGGCGGUGGUGCCUGCGCGGAGCCAAGAGUCGAUCUUCAGGCCGGAGAAGAAAGUCUCCAGCGCCAGCAAAGCAGAGCUGCGGCCCCCCCACGAGCCCAAAGAGCCCAAGGUGCAGAAGAAGAUGGACCUGCCCAAGAUGAACCUCCCUGCCAGCAAGAAAGCAGCUCCAGCCCCUCCCGUCCCUGCCAAGACCAAACUGGCCUCCAGCCUUGCCGGCAGGAAUGUCUCUGCCGUUGGCAGGCCCCCCUGCACCCCGACGAACUGUGCCCCAGCCAGUGCGGAGAAGAGCAAGCCCAAGGACCCGGAUGCAAAUGGCUUCGAUGCUGUCCUGAUCUCCAAUGCCAAACUGAGCCACCCGACCACGACUCGUCCCAAAAUGCCAGGCAGGAAGCCGCCCAGCCAGCCGCCCGCUAGCUCUCCGCAUGUGCAGGCACCUCUGGUCCCAGCCAAGAGCAGCAUCCAGGCCAGGGAGCUGCAGCCCCCGGAGAGCCUGGGGGACCCCCCCAAGGCAGAGGAGAAGCUGUCUCUGGAGGAACUGGUGGCCGAGCUCCGGUCCCUGCGGAUCCUGAUGGACCUGAUGAGGGUGCAGCACCAGAAGGACAUGGAGGAGCUCAAGAUGGAAAUGAAGGAGGAGCAGGCCAAGCGCAUGGUGCUGCAGGUGGAAAUUGAGAGCAUGAAGCGGAUGUCUGCCCUCGAAGGAGCAGGAGCAGCUGUGCAGGGCAGUGAAUCAGCAGAACUGCUGGCCAUGCUGUGAUGUCCACUGUGCAGAGGCCUCGCUCUGCAAACUCUGACGGGAGCUGUUAAACUUACAAGAGAAUCACUGGCCACUGAUUCCCCUUGGUGUCUCUUCACCCCAAGGCCAGAUCCCUGCCCCGGGGAGUGGGGAGAAGGCCCAGAGCCCCUCCAGCUCAUCUGCUGCGUCUGCUCCCUGGGCCCUCAGGGGGAGCACUGUGGUGGGGCGCAGUCCUGCUGCGCUGACCCUCUGGGGGAUGGGCAGCAUGGGGCACCUGCCUGCUGGGAAAGAAUCAGGGCUGGGGGCUGCCAGGAGAGUUAGUGAUGCCCUAGCAGGACCAGAGAGCUAAUGCCGGCAGCGCGUAGGCCUGGCCUCGCUGGAGCGACUGGCUGCUGCCUGGAUUUAGCCAGCGCUGGGCAGUCAUCACCCCCCGUCACCUGCUCAGCUCUGAAUUUCCUGCAUCUAGGCCAAAAGAGGCCCCUCCAUCCCCCUGCCCCAGGAGAGGCCACCCAUGUCCCAGCAGCAUGUGUCCCUCUCUGGAGACUGGUCCUGAGCUCCUGGCUCUCCUCUUUCCCCCCGCCCCUGACCUGUCCCAGCCUUGGGCUGUGCUCAUCUCUGUGCUGUUCCCAGCCACUCCGUUGGUGUGGGGGGUGUUUGAGGGGGGGAGGGGGAAAUAACCAUCUUUUAGCCCAGCACAGCUCUCAGAGCCCAACUUUGACCCUAGCCUUAAAACCUCCUGGGGGCUGCUGAUGCUGACCCCUCCCAGACAAAAAUCCCUGUGCUGACUGCCCCCAGCCCUGUUUGCUGCGCGUCAGCCCUUGGAUCACCUGGCCCCAGGCUCUGACUAGACCAGGGUAAUGGUUUGGAACAGCUUCACCCUAGUGCAGACAACCAUCUGCAUUGUCCUGGUCAGCUGGCCCCGUGGAGUGAGCUGCUUCCUCCCAGCUAACAUGUUACAUCCUGCCCUGUCCGCACUAGGGCGCUCGGAUGUGUUGGCUAAGCUGUCCCUGGAUCAGACGUAGGUGCGGGAAUCCUCAUCCUAGUUAAGCUGUGAUCACUCGUGCAGGCUGGACCCUCACGGCCCUAGGGUCCCCCACAAGUCAGCCAGUGCUGGUGUUCUGUCUGCACUAGAAUCAAGUUGUGUUGGUGAGCAUGUGUUCAAACAUGACCGAGCAUUGGUGUCUGUAGAGUGACCCAGUUCUCCGCCAGCCCCCUCCCUCUCAGGAGCCCUGUCUGACCUCUCUGGUGCUUCCACUGCCCUUUCAUCCUGAGAACUGGGCGUUUCUCCCUGGCUCUGGGAGCAGCUUGCUGCAGUGCCCACCGGUUCCGCUCCGGCUAUCCGUGUCUGACGAGCUGGGGCUGGGACAGCUGUGAGUGUCCCUCGCCCCCAGAAACUGUCCCACUGCCGAGAGCCUGAGGUUUUAAAAACUAUUUUAUAAAUGUGUAAAAUUUUAAUAAACUAUUUUUAUACAAAUCUUA